AAAAUGAAUAACCUAAACCGUGUGAACCAAUUAAAUGAUAGAGAUCCGCGACCGCGUUGGAAAUUAAUCACCAAUACGGCGGCGUUUUCCUGAGGUAGAAGAAGAUUCGUUUCGUUACCUGGGGAUUAGUUACAAGUCUUUUCACCAAGAGCCAAGAGUUGUGCGAUUGAACAUCAAGGAGGAGACUAGGAAGAUCGAUUUGAUUAAUCUCGAUGUCGACUCUAUCAGCUGCCAGGGCAGAUAACUUUUACUAUCCUCCAGAAUGGACUCCGGAUCAAGGUUCCUUGAACAAGUUUCAAGGACAGCAUCCUCUCAGAGAGAGGGCAAAGAAAAUUGGCGAGGGAAUUUUGGUCAUAAGGUUCGAGAUGCCCUAUAAUAUAUGGUGUGGUGGCUGUAGUUCUAUGAUCGCCAAGGGUGUUCGAUUUAAUGCAGAAAAGAAGCAAGUUGGCAACUAUUAUUCUACAAAGAUAUGGAGCUUUGCAAUGAAAUCACCAUGCUGUAAACAUGAGAUAGUCAUUCAGACAGAUCCUCAGAACUGCGAGUAUGUAAUCACUAGUGGUGCCCAGAAGAAGGUUGAGGAAUAUGAAGCAGAAGAUGCAGAAACCAUGGAGCUCACUGCUGAGCAAGAGAAGGGAAAGCUUGCAGACCCCUUUUAUCGUCUAGAGCACCAGGAAGUAGAUUUACAGAAGAAGAAAGCAGCUGAACCGCUUUUGGUCCGUCUUCAGCGAGUCUCAGAUGCAAGACAUGCUGAUGAUUACUCCCUAAACAAAGCUCUACGUGCACAACUUAGGCGACACAGAAAACGUGUAGCAGAGGAAGAGACUGCUUCAAGGAAGCUAGGCUUGGGGAUAAGACUGCUUCCAAAGAGUGAAGAAGAUAUUAAAGCUGCCUCAAACGUGAAAUUCAAGAGCAAGUUUGAUAAGAAUCGAAAGGACAAACGAGCACUGAUCCAUGCAUCUUCCAUUUUUCCCGAGUCGUCUUACUCAUCGAGCAAGAAAAGAAUGGAGCUGGAAGCAAAAAGAAGGAAAAUAAGCGCAGCAUCCGCAUCAAGCCUAUUGAGAGGAGGAUUCAAAGCUUCAUCUUUAUCUACAAACCCAUCAGCAAGCAAGCCCAAGGUUUCAUCAGUUUCUGUAAGGAAACUCUAGUUGUAGCAAAUGUACUUGAAUCGUUUGAGAAGAUGUUGUUUAUCAGUGAAGAUGUUUUUUUUAUCAGUGAAGAUGUUUGUAGCAAUUGGUCUUGUUCUUUGUCAGUUUGUCUUAUAAUAAUAGUCGCCAGUCACAUACAACGAAUCAAGUGGUGUACAUUCUUUUUUCUUUUUUUUCGCCGAGGUGUACAUUCAUUUCUUGUAGUGUUUUUACAUUCAAUAGCACACGACACGAGCAUCUAUGAGUA